AUGACCCUGGACUCGGUCUGGAGCCAACUACGGGGAAGAUUCUGUGUCGAAGCCGUCGGUACACCAGCCGUAGCGGGUGAGCAUGGUGAGACUGAGUCUGGAGAACUAUUAAUUCCCAUGCUUCUGGGAAUUAGCCAGAACUGUGGCUUUUUUACGGCGGCCAAGGGCGAAGGAAGAAGCAUCGCUAGUAGUGAUGCUCCAGACGUUGCAGAGAAGCUGCGAAAAAUGCCGCGGGUUGCAGGCAUCAGCAAAGGUUACCUCCGAAAUUGUAAUCGGCAAUUACUACAAGAGUUGUCAGCGACGCUUAUGAGACAUCGUGAGAGACGCAUCGCCAAUACGCGCUCUCCUCGUCCGGUCCAGAAGAGCGCAAAGCCGGAGUUUAGAGUCUCAACCAGUCCAGAAUGA